CACCAGAAAAAAGCCACCCUAAACCCACCCUCAACCCGCCGCUGGAGCAGCCUCCUUCUCCCUCUUCAUUCCAUUCGUGCAAUCACCGGAGCUCCAAAGUUUUCAACUUUCUGUAUAUUUUUGUUCGUUCUUCUCCGCCCAAAAAACCCUUUUCUUCUUCUUCUUCUUCUUCUUCUUCUUCUUCUGCAUUAGUUUCCAGCAGAUUUACAGAUAAGAAGAGAAAGGAGUCUGAGGAGUAGGAAAGUCGGGUACUUGAGAUAAUUGGGAACCGGGUUCGAUACAACCCGAAACGAUCACGGCUUUCUAAUCUGCACACAGAGUCAGUGAAAAAGAUGGGAACGAAGGACAAGAAGAAGACCCAUAAGAACAAGAAGGUUGCCCAGCCAACUUUGGAGCUUGUUGAAAAGGAUAAAAAAUUAGGAUCUGCCGAGAUUAGAAAGAGAAAAAGGGCAAAGGAAAGCGAUGCUGAUUCUCGAAGGUUGUUCAAGUCUUUAUUGAAGUAGACAAUUCAGCCAAACCAGCCAAAGAUAAGAAAAAGGCAAAACUAACGAAUAAAAGGAAAAUAAAGAAUGCGAAGAACUAUGAAGCUAUGGAAGGCAAGAAUGAUUAUCCAAAUACGGACACUGAUGACAAUUUUUAUGAAAUAAAUGAUGAUGGAGUUGCGGAUCAGAGCCCAUUUGAAACUCAGGAAGAGAUUGAAAUUGGUGAAGUGCUCACUAAGGCUGGUAAGUCAAAGAAAGCUAAGAAAAAGAAAAAGAAGGAUCGUAAUUCGUUAGAGUUGGUGAAGUCACCUGAAAAGGAAGUAGAAGCUGGUCAGGAGAACAGCUCAAAAGGGAUAUCAGGUGUACCCAAGAAGGCUUCAAGAAAGAAAAAGAAGGAUCUUGAUUCGUCAAAUUCUAAGAAGACACUGGAAAGGGAAGUAGAAGCCGAUCAGGCUGAUGUUUUCCUUAUUUCUUCUGGGGAUGAGGACUCUGCGAAAGGAAUGAAAAAAUGGAUUAUGGAAUACCAUCAAAGUAGACCUGGGUUAAAGGUACUGCAGCAAAGAAUUGAUCAGUUUAUGGUUGAACAUGAUGAAAAACUGGAACAGGAAAAGAAAGAGAAAGAAGCCCGUGCUGCAGAUGGAGGAUGGACAGUUGUCGUACAUCAUAAAGGAAGGAAGAAGACCACGGAUACUGAGAGUGGAAUUACAGUAGGAUCUGUUGCCCAGGCUGCUUUGGAGGACAAGGUGGCCAAGAAGAAGCGCACAGAAGUUGCUGGGCUAGAUUUUUACCGGUUCCAAAGGAAAGAAGCUCAGAGAAACGAAAUUAUGAUGCUCCAGAGCAAAUUUGAGCAAGAUAAAAAGCGGAUACAGCAGUUAAGAGCGGCUAGGAAGUUUCGACCUUACUGAACGCCUGAAAGUUUGUACGAAGAAAAGCCAGGAAUCUAUUGUUCUUAUUCAUAAUGUUGAGACAUGAGUAGUAGUAGGCAUGUUGCGUAACAGUUUUGCACCCUGUAUUUAUUUUUCCGCUUGUUUCAUCAAACGUAAUUGAUAUCCAUGGCGAUUCUUUUUCUACCAGAGAA